GCUGAGAGAUACAGAGCUGUGUUUAGCUGUGUUUUAACCCUAUUUUAACUACUUUUCCAUCUUAUUUUUUAGAACAACGACUUAUAGUGCAUUCUUGUCUUAGAGCUAUAUAAACACACUUUACAUCCCCCUUAAUAUACACUACUACUUCAGGACAUCACAUGACUACACAGUCACAAUCAGGUGUCCCACGCCUUGAGAUGUCGGUGUAGUCAGCUGAUGUAUGUCAUAGGUGGGCGUGGCAGAGUAUGUUCUUAGCACACUGUCAGUAGGUUAGUGCCGGAGUAAGAACCUAUUUACAGCUGGGAUCUGGUGCUGCGUAUUUAUGUGUCGUCAUGGAGAAUGGAUUGUUAAAACAUCCUCAUGUUAUUAACAUGGAAAAUGGACAUCAGGAUGCCUCAUGUGAUGUUUUUAGCAUGAAGAAUGAUGCAGAAAUGUUGGAACAGAUAAAACAGCUUCUAAUGGAAAAUAAUAAUCUAAAAGAAACCAUGAAGCAAAUGAAUCAAGAGAUGAAAGAACGCCUUGAAGAGCUCCUGAAGAGACACAAUCAGCAUUUGCUAGACUUGAACAGCGAAAAUGAAUUGUUGAGGAAGGAAUUAAACAGUUUAAGAGAAAAAAAUGCCACAUCUAAUCAAGGUAUACCAGUUUGCUCUAACCCAGAGGAGACAAGUGAAAGCAAACAGCUGAAGACUCAGUUAAUGCGUUUACAGGCAGAGAAAGCUGACCUGCUUGGUCUAAUAUCAGAGUUGCAGCUGAAACUCAGCGGUUUUUCUGAAGACUCAUUUGUGGAAAUCAGAAUUUCUGAAAAGGAGUCUGGAGAAAUAAUACAUGAAGAAAAAGCAAAUAAAACACUACCAGACUAUGAUGUGUCAUAUAGCAGGACAAACUCUGUCAAGGAAGAAGGGAGUGGCACUGAACCAGAAGAGGUGGCUAUCAGCAGGCUCCUUCGCAGUCUGAGAGAGGAAACUCAAAAAGUGGAGAGACUAGAGAAGGAAUUAAGUGAACAUAAAAGGUUGGCAGAACUAAAAGAAAAAACCUCCAGAUUCUGUGACAAGGACAUGCAAACAGAGCAGGAAAAACAGAAUCAGUCUGAAGAGAUUUUUUUACUACAUGCUUUUUUUCAGAUUUCCAGUGAAGUAGAUAUAUUAAAGCAGAAAGUGAAGUCACUGAAUAAAGAGCUUCAGGAAACCAAUGAUAAGUUAAACGAGGCUAAACAGUUAAAGAACAGUCUGCAAGAGAAGUGCAUUUUACUAGAUAAGAGACUUCAAGAAAACGCGGUUGAUUUGGAGGAAAAGCAAAAUCUUAGAUAUACUAUAAAGAAAUUAGAACUCCAAGUGGAGAGCAUGGAGUCUGAAAUCAAACUAGAAAGAAACAAAACAGAAGCUGAAAAAAAUCAACUAGCCAUCUUGCAGGUUGCAUAUGACAAACUAAACUCAGAAUAUCAGGAAACAAGGAUACGCGAGAGUGAAAAAGUUUCCAAAGUUGAGUUUAACGAUCUGGUUGAAAAGCUGGAUGCAUGUGAAAAGGCACUGGCGAAAAAACAAUUUGAAAUUGAUGAAAUUAGACAAAUGGACGCAAAACACAAGGAGGAUAUAGAAACAAUUGGUCUGCUUCGUGCUCAGAUUGACGUCUAUUGUGCAGAUUUCCAUGCCGAAAGAUCAGCUAGAGAGAACAUUCAUCAAGAGAAGGAGCAGUUAGAAGCUCGUCUGGCAUAUAUGAUACAAGAAAGUGAAAAACUUAAGGCAGAAAUGAUGGGGAGGCAGUCAAUAGAACAGCUCCAGAGGCGCCAUAGUUGCAGAUUAGAGAAUGUCAGCGGGGGUCCUUAUCUUGUGCCAAGAGGAGCAGAAAACAUGGGACAGCCAAGUAUUACUGUGUAUACAUGCCCAAAAUGUAACCUGACUGUUCCAGAUAUAGAUACGCUGCAGAUUCAUGUCAUGGACUGUAUCACCUAAGCACAAGAUCUCCAUUUGUGCCACUAAAUGCAACACAGAGUCCUUUGCAUUUAGAAUUGUAUAUAUAAUAUCACCAAGCACUUUACCAAACACAGAUUUGUUCUUAAAUAGCUCUGAUCUUUGCUUUAAACAUCAAGGUACUAAAAAUAGUUCCGCUAAUAUGAUUUGCACUCUGGGGUUAUCCUAUUAUAUAUUAGCAAAAAAAAAAUCACAAGUGAACACCUACUGUUAUGACCUGUGAUGCCUAAUGUCAUGUAGUACCUUACACUGAACUUUAAUGACUUAAGUUUAAUAAACAGAUUUUCUCUCUUUA